AUGUCAAGCGACAGUUCCCACCAAAGCGUCACCUCCACAGCCCCAAAGCAACAAAUCCACUACUCGGAAGCAGCACUGAAUCAACCUCAAUCCGGUCCCUCAACGCUAGAUUUAUAUCUGUCACAAAAAGAAUCACACGAACUGAGAGCGUUACGAUGUGAUACUUCACGUGAUCUAGUCUCGAUGAGGAAGCAAUUAAGGGAGUGGGAUGUGAAGUGGAGAGCUGCUAGCUCUAGGUAA